GUUGUUGUUUCUGUUGCUGUUAAAAACUAUCGUAAUAAACCAUACAAAACGAGCGAGACUGACUGUCCGUCGACGAAAAUAUAUCAUAUUAUUUUAUUCGAACUGACGUCGUAUAUAGUGUCGAUUCCACACCGCACGAGAGCAUAUUGAACCAAAAAAAAACCAACCGAAAAUGAUUCUAGUGAAACUGAUUGAAGAUGGACUUGGGUCGCCGCCCGAAUGGGCCGCCCUGGAAGUACAAGGUGAUCUCGAAACCCGCCGGCAUACGCCGCUCGAACGUCAAUACGUCGGCGACUUGUUCGCGACCAUUCGAGAUGGUGUGCCCAUAUUGAUCAUUGGCCAUCAUAUCCUGUAUGGCAAAUCGCAGACGUUCGACAAACCUCUCGCAGUGAUGAAGAAAAAACCGGACGCGGACGAGUACGUGGUCGAGGCUAUUGUCACCAAAAAGUUGCUAUUCAAGAACCGGCCUAAGCCCAUCAUCGCUUGUCAUUCCACCGAUCUUUGAAUAUCUAACCGUUUUUUCCACUUAAAGACACAAUUUCGUUAUCUAUACUAAGAUGGUUCAUUAUAAUAUUAUGUAGUUUUUAUUUGUUUUCGAUCAGACAUAAGCGAAUUGGUGUAUUUUAUUAUUUUGUCGUUCUGUCGAAACAAAAUAAAUUGUAAUAAAAUUAGCAUUUUAAUACACAUUAUUUUUCUGAA